CCACUCCAGAUACCCCCGCAGCUGGCUUGUACUGGAUACCCCUCUCAUCCUUUUGUUAUACACGGCAUACUGGCCGGCAAUGAUAUAUGACCUGGGGCACAGCCCAAAAAAAUGCCAGUCCAUAACCGAAUUCCAGAACCAUCGAACCACCCGGAUCAUGGACCCCCUUUCCAUCGCGCUCGGCGGCUUCAGCAUCUGCCAGAUCGCCAGCAAAAUCAUCCAGUUCGGUAUUGCAUACGGGCAGGCUGUCAGCAGUGUCCCGGAGGAGGUACAGCUGCUCGUCUCCGAGAUCACGUUGCUAAGCGGAGUUUUCACGGCGCUGUGUUCCUCGCUGCAAUCCGGGAGGCAAGCUUCGACCAUCGCUGGUGGCUUGAUAGGCACGUUGGAAGAGUGCAACGGCAAGCUGGAAGAGCUUUAUGCCUUCCUGGUCAAACAACAGGAUUCCUCCGGGAGCAGGCUAAGGAAGUUGGGGAGAGCUUUGAAAUGGCCGCUGAAAGAGCAGGACACCCGGGAUUGGAUUGCUCGAAUGGAGAGAUAUAAGAAUACUUUUUCGUUGGCGAUGCAGCGAGAGAACAACAUCGCAUUGAAGCAGGCAAUCGAAGAGGUACGAGUGAUGCGGCUUGCUCAUGAAUCUGAGCGCAUCGCAAAGCAACAAGAGCAAAUGAGCAAAACUUUCCGAUCGGUCAUUGCAUGGCUUUCUCCCGCGAAUCCACGAGAGAAUCAUCUAGCUGCGCGCGAGCUUCAGCAACGUGGAACGGGACUGUGGUUCCUUACUUCGAAAGCCUUUGAACUCUGGAAGACCGAGAGAAACCCGGUGAUGUGGUUGCAUGGGUCUGCUGGGACCGGAAAGAGUAUACUAUCCUCCAUAAUCCUCGAUCACCUCCUGGAGGAAGAGCAAAAGAUGGGAAAUAAGUGCCCAACCAGGACCAUUUACUUCUACUGCGAUUAUCGAGACGUCCAGAAGCAAACACCAGCGGGGAUCUAUGGUUCACUCCUCGCGCAGAUCGUCGAGACCUAUUCCCCGGAUCACAUGCCACCCGAUCUUCAGGAUGUCUUCAUGAAAAGCAAUAUGAGUCCACCGCUUGAAGGUUUUCUCAAGGAAUAUUUGUUGAAUUCAGCCUCCAAAGUGGCGUUCGGCCGGACACGUGUUGUUAUUGAUGGUCUCGAUGAGUGUGAGCCUGCUGCUCGUACGAAGAUCUUGCAGACCAUGAUGGAGUUUAAUCGCUUGGCAGGUAUCAGUCUCCUGAUCACCAGCCGAGACGAGGUCGACAUCAAGUCAGAGCUCGCUGAGGUUCCCAAGUUACGCAUCGACGCGUCUGUCAACUCACAGGAUAUCACCUCGUUUGUGAUGGACGAAUGCGAGCGAAACAACAAGUUGAGAAGAAAACUCAAGGGAGCGACGAAGCAGGAAGUUAUUGCUGCCAUUUCUUCACAGGCGGAUGGCAUGUUUCGCUGGGCAAAGUGUCAGUUGGAUCAGAUCGCCGGCCUCCGGAACGAUAAGGCUAUCAAGAAGGCUCUCACAAGCCUCCCAUCAGGUCUCAACGAAACCUACGAGAGGAUUGUAGGGGGGAUAUCGGACGAUGACAAAGACCUCGCAUUACGGAUACUCCGAUGGCUGACCUGCUCGCUUCGUCCUUUAAGUGUGAGUGAGCUGGUUGAAGGGAUUGCCAUCGAGCUUGGGGAUACGGAACUCGAUCCGGAAACAUUCCUCAACGAUCCCGAAGACGUCAUCGAGAUAUGCGGCAGUCUUGUGCAACUGGACAUCAAUGCUGACACGGUGACAUUGGGUCACUUUUCGGUCAAGGAGUUCUUCGUCGCUCGCGAAUUGAAGACAGGACCCUACUCGGACUACUUCAUUGACACGCAGGAAUCGAACAUCCAGUUGGCAAAGCUGUGCCUAACAUAUCUCUGUCUCGAUCUCUUUCGCGACGGUCCUUGCAGCGAAAAGGAAGAGCUGGCACGCCGAUGUGAUACAUGGGCUCUCUACAAGUACGCAUCCAAAUACUGGGGUCCGCACGCGCAGGGGCAUACGGACGCCGACGACAUGUCAUUUCUCUCCAUUGUCGAACGUUUCUUCCUAGACGAGGACAUGGAGGGCAACUUUGACGCAUGGAUGGAAGCCUACGAAGCCCUGAGAUUUUAUUCCGACAACCGCAUUACAGAAGGAAUAAACGCCUAUCUUUCCCAAGAUCAGCGGCGCGAAAAAAAGCCCCUGGUCUAUGCUUGCGCCUUGGGUCUUUACUCUGUCACAAAGUACUUUCUUUCGAAAGGUGUCGGCGAUGUCCGGGCACAGAAUACGAGCGAGAAAACGGCAGCUACGGGCUAUGGGAAUGCCCUGAGCGCUGCAUGUACAGCUGGUAGCCUCGAGGUUGCCCGGCUGAUCGUUGACGCAGGAGCGGAUGUUAACGCCAUGGCUGGCCAGCACUGGCUGGCGCUGAAUGUGGCAGUGAAGGUUUGUACCGAGCGCAAUGGUCCGCCUGACUUCCGCCUCGUGGAAUUCCUGAUUGAGCACGGCGCCGAUGUGAACCGCGUCACACCAGACGGCAACUGGCCAUUGAAAUUUGCAGCAGACACACCCAUCACCAGCAUUGAAGGAGUCAGGCUCUGCCUCGAGGCUGGGGCCGACCAGAGCAUGCGCAGCUCCAUCGAACUCACUCCGUUCGAAUCGGCGGGAGUGGCUUGCCAAAGCAAGAUUUUUGAACUCCUGAGACAACACGGAGGGGGACAGUACAUGCAAGAGGGUUUCGAUUGUUCGGGGUCACUAAGAGCCCGUACCGCCGCGUAUGAGCUUUUUUAUGCUGUGGCUUCUAAUUUUCAUGAAAGCGCCAAGAACACUCUACAGAAAGAUGGAGAGAUACUCUUCAAAGAGCCGGGGGCCCGUAAUAUACUGCUCGGUGUCUCCUGCAUCGCAGCUCGAAUGGGCUACUACAAGUUUCUCGAGCCGAUGAUGGCUUAUGCAGAUAACUCCUUUGGUGCGCUCCCCGAAUGUAUCAAGCUAGCAGCAGUUCGCGGACAUCCGAAGACACUUGGGGUGCUUCUGGACGUCUACAAGCCUUCUCCGGAGGACAAAAUGCUGCGCGAUCUCAUGGUUUUGGCAGCGGGCCGCGAUAAUUUCGAGGUGGUAAACGAACUCAUAAAACGCGGUGUUCCGGCGCAGUCCACCGAUCAACACGGCUGGACGGUAGAUCUUGUCACGCGGCUCACUUCUCUCAACAAACCGAUGGAUCUCACCCUCUUUGCCGACACAAGAUUAGGCAUCGAACCACUCGUGAAGAAGCCUUCAGGCUGGAAGUUGCGACCUAUCCGGGAACAUAUGGGGUGUGUGCGGUCGAGCGUGGUGUUUGAAGGGUCCAGCGCAUAUCUUCCGCCGGACGAACCCUGGUGUAUAGUCAGAUUCAACCACCCAGUUCCACCCCAAGCUCCCUAUUUCUAUUUCGAAACCAUAAUCGAGGAGAUGGACCCUCAGGACACUGAGGAUGUCGGUCUGGAUGUGUCCAGUGCGUGCACCGAUUACAACAAGAACUCCCGCGCCGUCUGCUACUCCGCCAACGGUACCAUCGCGGCCAAGAAGAAUCGUUCGAAACAUACCUGGCCUACGUUCGGAAAGGGAAGCGUCGUCGGCUGUGCUGUGGAUCUCAUCAACCACAUCGCGUUCUUUACCUGCGACGGAAAGGUUCUCGAUGCCACGGUCACGGGCGUGAAAGGAAUGGUGUGUUGCCAGUUUCGGAUGAAUCCGGGGGUUAGAAUUCGGUCGAACUUUGGAGAGAGGCCUUUUCUAUGCGACGCCGUCUAUAUAGAGACGAGACUAGCGGCAGAUGUGACCGAGGAGGAUGGCCGUGUCUGCAAGUUUUCGGAUAGGGGGAAUAAAAAAAACGGGCUAGGCCUUUUCUGUGGUGAUGGUAGUUGGGAGAGGUUUGUUGGAUGAUUGUGUGGAGGGAUUGUGUUUUUUAUUUAUACCCGAUGGAGCU